AUGAGCUCCCCAGCUAGGAGCGUACAACGAUCCCCGAGGCGAGGCAGUGAUCAGACAUCAAGGAGUCUUGGGACAUCGUACCGGACGCCAUUCAACCAUGACUCCAUUGCUACGAUUGCGGAAGAGGCGAUAGCAAAGGAUAUCGCUGCUGUAGAAGGAGAGGAUGAGACCAAUGGCGACAUCGACGGCAACCUCGAGCAGUUGGAUACCCAAGAGAGAGUGCAUCUGGGUAUUCAUGCUAUGACUGGUAGCCACCGAAGACCAAGUGUGCUAGCUGGGGCGCCACAUUCACUGUUCGGUACUGGGCAGGCUCCUUUCAUACCGGUAGACCAAGAAUGGGAGGAUGCCAUAAGAGACGAGCGAAGCUUGCUUAGAGACAACAAUCUCAUCCCGCCCAAGCAUCCACGACACAGAGACAGCCGUGCUUCAGUAUCCUCAAACCGAGGCUUGAUAGAACGCCUGUCGAUCGCCAAUCUCAGGCGGAAACCCAGCACCGUAGCAGAUGAGGAAGCUGUGGCGGACGAUGAGACGACUGCACUGCUCGGUCGGGAUCCGUCUGCACCAUACGGAGGAGAGGACGACCCAGAGAAUAUCGACAAGAAAUGGGAGGAAGCCGUCUUGGAGGGCAAGAUCCAAACGACAUGGCAGAGAGAGACGAAGACACUGGCACGCACCAGUGCGCCUUUAAUCCUUACCUUCUUGCUGCAAAAUUCCCUCACCAUGACCAGUAUCUUUACCGUCGGUCACAUCGGCAAGAUUGAGCUCGGAGCCGUCUCGCUCGGCAGUAUGACUGCCAACAUCACCGGCUACGCAGCUUUCCAUGGUCUGGCUACUUCUCUGGACACUCUUUGCGCUCAGGCUUCUGGCUCGGGCAGGAAACAAUUGGUCGGUUUGCAACUACAGCGCAUGGUAUUCUUCCUCUGGACAAUGUGCAUACCUAUCACUCUUGUCUGGCUGUCUGGCACACAGAUCUUACAACUCAUCGUGCCUGAGAAGGAAAUUGCGGUUUUGGCGGGUCAGUACCUCAAGGUCUUGGUUUUGGGCGCACCUGCUUAUGCAGCCUUCGAAAGUGCCAAGCGCUAUGUUCAGGCUCAGGGACACUUUGCUGCAACGAUGUACGUUUUGUUGAUCGCGGCGCCGAUCAAUAUAUUCUUGCAUUGGCUCUUCGUAUGGCAGCUUAAAUGGGGAUUCAUUGGCUGUCCAAUCGCCGUGGUCAUCACAGAGAACCUCAUGCCGCUACUCCUCUUUUUGUACGUACGCUUUGUUGGCGGGAUGGAAUGCUGGCCCGGCUUCACCAAGAAGGCUUUUGCCAACUGGGGUCCGAUGAUCCGACUCGCUAUUCCUGGUCUGGUGAUGGUGAUGGCGGAAUUCCUGGCCUUCGAGAUUUUGACCUUGGCCUCCGCCAGGUUUGGUGCGACAUAUCUCGGUGCUCAAACAGUGCUGCAGAGUCUGUCGGUCAUCACGUUCUCGCUACCCUUUCCAAUCAGUAUCGCAGCUAGCACCCGUGUCGCCAACCUGAUCGGCGCCACCCUCCCAGACGCUGCGAAGGUCACAGGACGUGUCACGAUCGUCUUCGGAACUGUUGUUGGCAUCUUCAAUGUGAUCUUGCUCAGCUCCCUACGCUAUAAAGUGCCACAGCUCUUCACCAGCGAGCAGGAUGUCAUCGAGCUCGCCGCGAAGGUCAUGCCGAUCAAUGCCGCCUUCCAGCUCUUCGAUGCACUGGCCGCGCAGAUGAAUGGUCUGCUAAGAGGUGUUGGACGACAGGAGGUCGGCGGUUACAUCGGUUUAUUUGCUUACUACGUGGUCGCCGUGCCAGUCUCAUUCGCAACAGCAUUUGGUCUUGGAUGGGAACUCUACGGGCUCUGGACUGGCCCAGCAAUCGCACUCGCCAUUGUCGCCAUUUCGGAAGCGAUUUACCUGUACAAGAUCUCCUGGAGCAAGGCAGCUGAGGAAGCUGCGAAACGGAAUGCACUGGAGUAA